UAGGAAAACUCUAGCGUCGCCUAGCAACAGACGGGGUUUAGGGGGUGCUCGCCAGACGGAUUGUCGUGAACCAAGGGCGUCUAUUUACUUUCUUUGUGCAAGCGGAAGCCUCGAUGGCUUCAAGCAGCUCGUCUGUGUUUCUUCUCACAGUCAACGGACAAAUUGAGGGCGCGAACUUUCCAGAGUACGACAACCUGUACUGCAAAUACUGCUUUGUCUACGGACACGACUGGGUUCCCACCUCGGGGCUGGAAGAGGGCAUCACUCAGAUAACCUGCAAAGGCAGUCAGACGUCGCACAGGCUCAUAUGGAACUUCCCACUGGAAGCAACAUUUAAGAGCACAAACCCGUUCGGAUGGCCUCAGCUCGUGGUGAGCGUGUACGGUCCAGACGUGUUCAGCAACGACGUCGUCCGGGGCUAUGGAGCAACACACAUUCCCUUCACGCCUGGACAACAUUCACGGUCUAUUCCCAUGUUUGUUCCUGAACCCACAUGGAGACUUCAGAAGUUUACUAGUUGGCUGUUGGGACGUCGUCCAGAGUACACAGACCCUAAGGUUGUGGCCCAGGGUGAAGGCAGAGAAGUGACAAGGGUUCGGUCCCAGGGCUUUGUCACAGUCUCCCUUCACAUCAUGACCAAAGACAUGAAGAAGCUGGGCUACGACACGGGGCUGUCAAGCGCUGCCAACGCCCAGCCGAGCUGGUCGACAGAGGAGCAAACACACGCGUCAUAACAGUUUUACAGGCAGUUGUGUGUACAGAAGCUGACAAUACUCGAAUGGCAAAGUCACAACAGUUUUUUUAGCAAACAUCUUAUUAACUGUUUUUAAUGUAAAUAUUUGUAGCGCUUGUCUUGAAGAUUUUUACUUUUUUAAAAUAAACUUAUUAAUGCAC